AUGCCGUGGGACAACGAGAAUUUGUACAAAAUGAAAAGCACUGAACAUCUUCGGGCAGCACUGUCUGACUGGAUGGCGUGGCUGACGGGGUUUUCAGUUCUUCCGUCUUUCUGGAUGGCGGGGUUUUCCGCCGAUGCCUCUGGUGUUGUUGCGGACGGUGUUCUUCCUGUUGUCGCUUUCGCCUUUUACUCCGAUAAUGAUGCUGCUUCUUGCAUUCGUAAAAGCAACACAAUGAAACGACGAGCAAUGUGA